AUGGAUAUGGAUCCUCUAUGUAUUAUCGUGAGCCCAACGACCAGUUACGAUGCUCUCGUUAGCUCCGUGCUUGGCAAACUUGGUCUGGAAGGAGUGAAAAGGGUUAAGAAGUUUUUCUAUCGCAUUCCAAUCACGGUGCUCCACGAUAUGGUGAAGUAUGAUUAUUUCACGAUCGGGAGUGAUGAGGACUUGCAGGUCAUGUUUCUCUCUUGUAAGCAGUUUCCCAAGGUGAGGACACCAGAGCUGUUGGCGAAGUUCGUCGACGUGGUAUCUAGCUCUGGUGGGUCGAACCGGAAUGCCAACACUAUAGCCACGGCGGCCGGUUCGAGCUCGAGACCUGCGGUUGCUUCUUCCUCCGUUCCAGUGUAUGAGGCAACGGUCCAGGCUGCCGCCUCCCCAUCGGUUGGGUAUGGGGAACAUCAUCCGACUGAAGUACAGUGUCCUCCAUCGGCUGGUGUUGGAGAGGGAUUGUGUGAUGAUCCAGAUGAUGAUGAAGUCGAGCCGGAUAUUAUCGCUGAUGAAAGCGGCGAUGAUGUUGGAGCGAGUGAUCCGAUAAGGCCUACUGGUGGUUCUAGUUUUGGCACACAUCAGUACCCACCCCAUUUUUCAUCUUUGGAUCUGGAUGCCAUGAGGCAGGACGAACAUCCUGGGCAGCUAGCUGGAUUUGGCGCUAGAGAUACCGAAGGGUCUGCCGAUAUGACAGAGUUUCAGAUUGGUCAACAAUUCCAGGAUAAAGAUGACGCGCUGUUGAGUGUCAAGACGUACAGCAUCCGCCGAGGGGUACAGUACAAGGUAGUUGAGUCUGACUAUCGCAGGUACGUGGGAAAGUGUUCUGAGUUUGGUAAUGGGUGCACAUGGUUGAUUAGGCUGAGCCUCCGACAACGCAAGGGCAUCUGGGAAGUCAAGCGGUACAACGGGCCGCAUACCUGUCUCGCUACCUCCAUCUCCAGCGACCAUAGGAGCUUGGACUACCACGUGAUAGCGACAUUCAUCAUGCCAAUGGUUAGGGCUGACGCAUCCGUAAACAUCAAGGUGCUUCUAAAUGCAACGGCAGCUCACUUUGGCUUCAGGCCUACAUACAGGAGGGUGUGGAUGGCGAAGCAGAAGGCGGUCGCAAUCAUAUACGGGGACUGGAAUGAGUCGUACAACGAGCUCCCUCGGUGGAUCUUAGGAGUUCAGUUGACUAUGCCUGGCACUGUAGCAGUCCUCAGGACCUGCCCUGUUCGAGUGGGUGGACAGGUGGACGAGUCUUAG